AUGCUUGCAUCUGUUCCUCAUGACGCCGUUGAAUGUCCUCCUGUAGCCGUCGCUGCGCCACUAGUUGUUCCCGUAACGCUUCUACCAGUGGCUCCGUUGCCUUACUUCGACACGCUACCUGCUAAGCUGAAUGGAACUCGUACCUUCGAUUUUGAAGUGGAUACAGGUGCAGGUGACAAUUUUUUGGGUAGCAAUACAUGGAGGGAUCUCGGUCAGUCACAUUUGACAGAAUCGCAUCGACAAUUUGAAUCAGCGAGACAGCACAAAUUGCCAGUAAAAGGAUGUGUUAAGCUAAACUCUCAGGUGACACAACACAAUUUUCCUUCUUCUCAAACGAAAGCACUGGAUUUUCAGGUGACUGAACUGACAAAUCUUAACUUACUAGGUAGAAAUGGGAUCCAAGAACUUGGAAUUUCGAUGGAUGCUCUUCUCAACAGAAGUAAUUCAUCAGCUACCAUAAGUGUCAAUACAGUGUUUGAUGACCUCAAAGCUGACAGAGAACUGCAGAAAGAGUGCAGACAACUUUGUGAAGAAUUUCCAUACUUAUUCAAGCCGGAGUUAGGCACACUAAAAAGCAUAGAGCUGGAAAUCAAGUUCAAGCCUGAGGCAGAACCUGUUUAUCGAAAGCCUAGAUCAGUACCUUUGGCAUUACAAGAAGACCUUGUUAAAGCUUAUGAAGCCGGAAUCAGGAAAGGGGUCUGGAGGAAAGCUCAAUUCAAUGGUUAUGAAACUCCGGUGGUACCUAUCAGGAAGAACACAUCACCAAGUCAAGGAAAGACACGGUUACGCGUCUGUAGAUAUUAUGCCAUUACGGUCAACCCACAACUGGAGACGCACAGACACCCACUGCCAUCUCCAGAGCAACUUAUGCAACGUCUAUCCGGUGGAUGGUAUUUUACUAAAGUCGACCUUGCGGACGCAUACAAUCAGAUUCGUCUAGGACCUGAAUCUCAAAUAAGGUUAGCGCUUAGUACUCACCGAGAUGUACUACUCCAACUACGGCUGCCAUUCGGCAUUAGUCCCGCGCCCGCUUACUUCCAAGGAAUAAUGGAUCAGUUAACACGUGAUCUGACAGGUGUGUCAGUAUACUUGGAUGACAUUUUAGUAAGUGGCUAUUCACUUCAGGAUCAUAUCAGAAAUAUGCGAAGUCUGCUAAAACGUGUCAAUGAUAAUGGACUCAAAUGCCGUCUGAAAAAGUGCUCAUUCUCCCAGUCAUAUGUUGAGUACUCGGGAAACUUAUUAUCACACAGAGGAAUUGCAAAGGGACACAGCGGAUGGUGUUCAGUGCAGUUUUACAACAUAUUCCGGCCGAAUUUGUCUACGACUCUGGAACCAUUACACCAGCUAAUCAAGAAAGGAACUACAUGGAGAUGGGGCACUAAAGAGCAAGCUGCUUCCGACCGAACUAAGAACACGCUUACCGCGGAUACGGUACUGGUAGACGUUAAUCUAGAUUUAUCAUUGGGAAUAUCGUGUGAUGCAUCAGAAGUCGAAAUUGGAGCCGUUCUGUUUCACCGAUACACUGACAGUAGUAAGCGUCCAAUAGCAAAUGUAUGA